CAGGAUGCACUCGGAUUUACUGUGGCACUGGACGGGGGAAGGGAAAACUGAGAUUGGAGGGAGAAAAUAAUCACAAACUGAGGUUGUUUCAUAAAUAUACGUUCACAUGCCAAUUUGCGAAAUAAGACAUCGAACGCAACGCUUUCAAAUUCAGAUGUCCUAAUAUGGAAGCAAGACACCUCCUUUCAAGGACCAUGGACACAAAGUAAUACCUUCCAUGCCACACGUCUUACCGCUCACAAUUACCGGACCAUUGUAACAUUCAACUGUAUGCCCUUUCAUGUAAGGCUGAAGACCUGCGCACAGCAGCACUGAUGCAAGUAACGUGAACAGGAGCACCACGCGGUUGCCCCAAUGCCCCUGAGAUUCCUCCUAAGUGCCAAAGUAAUGAAGCGUCUUGGACAGGAAGGGCCCAGCCUUACCAACCGAUGUCAUUAUCAAGCCUCCACAUUCGUCUACUGGGUCAGAUGAGACAACACAGCGCCCAGGCUUCUCUGUGGAAGGUGGAGGGAGGGAGUCUUUCAGCACACCUGCCUAUCGCUAGACGGCUGUCUCUUCCAGUCGACUCCUGAGGGAAGACCCCCUGUGUAGCUCACUCGGCACACACAACACAGACGCAUUGUUGUAACGCAGUGACUUAAAGAAUCGCCGGUUCGUUGCUUGAAACAUUCACAGCCGGGUCCCCAUCAACGUUUACAGACUGUACACAAAGAAGAUGAAUGGGACUAACAUCAUCCAUGGACAGUAACAGUAACUAAGCGUUGGAAAUACAUUUGACCUUGGACAUUUAGCUUUACAUGCAUACAAGGAGAGAAGAGUGACACUCUGAACGGCUCUUGAACAUAAACCAUGGUGGACUCCACGUCAGCUCCUUGUCGAGUCCAUGACCUCAGCGGCCUAUAGGGGGAACGAUCCGGAAGAGCGUUCUCUGACAAACUCCCACAUAUGCAAUGGAAGGAGACAUUAGUGUUGAAUCACACACUGAGGGUCUGACAUGUUUGUCCCAUGAAUGUAAACCAUUCGAGGAGGUCACGAACGGCCAUUCCAUCCACAAGCCGGUGACGAAUGGACUCCCCAUCGGCCAUCGUGUUAAAGAGCAGAGCAAUGGAAACGCUUCGCUGCGUUCACUGCCGAUCUCAGCACUGAAGCAGAAUGGCCUUCUGCAGACCUUGGCUGCGGGAGGGGAGCCUAUGGUGGCAGAGGAGAGCUCUGAGCUGGAGAAGGCCAGGGAGGAAUGGGAGGCUGUGGAGAGCGCCCAGCCAGCGGCCAGUGAAGAGUCGGUGCCGACGCCUCUCAUCUCCUUCAACGAGGCCCUGCAGUACUUUCAGACCACGGACCUCGGGGAGCUCCUGAGGAACAUACAGCCCACCGUUCGUAGGACCGGCCUGGCCGCCAUCACACACUUCUUCUUCGGACCCCCGCGGCUGCACAGGGAGCUCCUGGAGGAGAGGGACCUUGUGUUUGCCAUUGCACAAUGUUCUCUAGACAACAGCCAGGCGGUGCACAUGCGUGUCCUCCAGACCAUCUACAAGAGGCUGGUGGGCGGCCGGCUGGACUGCGCUCGCUACGGAGACCACUGGGAGAACAUCGGCUUCCAGGGUACGGACCCGGCAACUGACCUGCGUGGGACGGGCUUCCUAGGCCUGAUGCACACGCUGUACUUCGUCAUGGACCCGGAGACUCUGCCGUUGGCCCGGGACAUCUACAAGCUCUCCCAGCACCCCACACAGAAUUUCCCCUUCAGCGUGAUGUCAAUCAACAUGACCCGCAUCGCCCUGCAGGUGCUGCGGGAAGAAGCCCUCUCCAAGGAGUGUAACCGGCGGCAGCAGGUGGUGGGGGUGCUGAACGAGUUCUACGUGGCCACGUAUCUGCACCUGUUCCAGCUGUGGAAGACCCAGCAGAAGACCAUCUCUGACUCCGGCUACGUGCUUAAAGAGGUGGAGCUGUUUGCCAAGAAGAACCCCAAGCAGAUGAUGCGGCGGCUGGAGGUCUUCCUGAAGGAGCAGCGGGCGGGGGCGGGGCCUCGGGGGCCGUCGCCGGACCCCCAGGGCCAGCAGGGGGGCUCCCCCAGCCUGGGAGGAGCCAGAACGGGACCAGGGUCGGGAUCAGGGCAGGGCAGCAAGGAGAAGCAGAUGCACUUCACUGGAGUAUGUGAGCUACCGGACAUGGAAGGAGAGGCCAGACUCAUCUAAGCUAGGCUGUGUGUGUGUGUGUGUGUGUGUGUGUGUGUGUGUGUGUGUGUGUGUGUGUGUGUGUGUGUGUGUGUGUGUGUGUGUGUGUGGCCUGAGGAGGAUGCGUACCCCACUCAGCCCUAAUUACCCAGGCGCUUCUAGCAGACUUCCCCCCCCUGACCCAAGCUGUAUGUGUGGGAUGGGGGGGGGGGGGGGGGGGGGGGGGUGGACAGCCCCAUGUCCAUCCAUAUAAUCUGGCUCUAUGAACGAGGCGGUGGGGUUCGCAGUCGCAGGGCUGAUGCCGACCAAUCCACACAAGAUGAUCCACAACUACAGCUACCACGGCAACAACAUAAAAUAAAACUAAGAGUAAAACAGAUGUUUUGCUGGUCGGGUUUAGCCGCUGCCUAAAGGCCGUCCUUGUCUGCUCUGUCUCCGUCAGGCCGGUGGCAUCCCGCCGUGGGCGGCCAGACAGACGGACGGCACUGUGCUGGGUGCACUUUGUUUGGUGGAGGAGGGGGGGGGGGGGGGGGGGGGUUGCAUUCCCUGCUGUAAUGCAUUCUUAGUGAGGGUGUUUUUAGAAGAAUUUAGAAAAAUAUGAGGUCCGGUCGAGGCCAGUCUCCCGGGAGUUGGAUAAGAAUAGGUGUUGAUUAGAGAUUAACGUGGUCGAAGAAAACUAUAAUCUAUAAAUGUAUAUAUAAAUAUUACGCAUAAAUAUAUAAAAAAUAUAUAUAUAAAUAUAUGUAUAUUUUAAAUGAUCUAAGGAUGAGUAAUAUUGAGGAUCCUUUGCAAAGGGACAGCGCAUCCCUAAAGUUACCUAGAAUAGUUUAAAAGGCAGCCCAGAGCUUCAAUGGGGGGGGGGGGGGUCUUCUCUAACAGACACUCUGGUCGUCCCUGAACGUCGGAAGGUCCUCCCUUAAUGUCAGAAGGUCCUCCCUUAACGUCAGAAGGUCCUUACAAACGCUGCCCAUGGCGUCAGCGGCGUAGGUAGGUCUAGCGUAGCGAUAGCCUAGCGAUAGCGUAUGUGCUUGCCUCGGCCCCAGAGGGCCGGGCCAACCUUCUGCUAUUUGAGCUGUCUUUACAUUCCGAGCAUGUGACAGUGUGUGCAGUUGCAAAAAUGGAGUGUGUGCAUGUGUGUGUGUGAGUGAGAGAUGGAUGAAACGAACAAGCUGAUAUCGGACGCAGGGGGCCUCUCAUAAGAGACGUGUGGUACGGUAUGCAAUCCCAGCUCUCCCUCAAUGAUAAUCAACACAAGAAAAAAACGACAGUGCUGUGUGACGAUCGACUUCGUUCCUAACUUCAGGGUUUGUGUGCAUGAGCCAGUGAACGAGUGCGUGCGUGUGUGUGUUUUAUGUGUGUGUGCGUCACACGACAGGAACUGACAACAGAUGGGUUGUUUGUGUUUUUUUUUUUUUUGUUUACUUGGCACACGAUAAAGCCAGCUUUUAUCAAAGCACCUGCUGCAUUAAGCUACGUCGUACCCACGAGUGGAACACUACAGUCCUCCUGAGAGAGCCAGAGAAGGGACCCGCUCCGACUACACACAACACAUUUACCCCGCGCGUUCGCUACAGACCCUGGGCGGGUCGGGCCUCCAACAGGCCUCCGUUCCCGGUGGUACUUCAGGCCCCCCCUCCACCGCUGGCACCUUGGUGGUCUCGACGCGAAAACCGCCAACGUCCCUUCCCGCACGUUCCUGGCCUGUAGCGUUCUUCAGGUAGCAACUAGUACUGUAGCAUCGCAUAGCCUCCUCCUCCUCCUCCUCCUGGUAAAGCUUCAGUAAUCAGCCGAUCGCGUCAGUGAAUACGGGGAAAGAGCGCUUCACGCUCGGCUGUCUGCCUCAGUGACACCCUCCUCGUCAGUGACACCCUCCUCCCUGUGUCUCCCUCCCUGCCCACUGGCCGCGGGGUGAUCCUAUUAUUUAUGGAUGCCCUGGUCGAGGGGUCGGAGUGCUCGGUUCAGACGUCCUACUUUAGCCUCUGUGCGUCCGGCUUUGUGUGACGUUUCAUUUAGAAUAAAUAAAGUUGCCUAGAAGUCUUCGGGCCUCAUUGUGCCGCAACGGCAGGUCAUCCAUGCGUGUGAAACGGUACUGCUGAAGCAGAACCCCCCGCUACGGCCCCGUAAUCCACUCAGAGAACGCACACGCAGGCCUGCCGCGCGUGUGGAAAAAGAUAUAUCAAUAAAUACAACGAUACGCAGUUCUAUUUUUUAUUAUUUAUUGACAUUUUUUAUACACCCUUUACCGACUUUUUACAAGUGAGCUGAAUAUUAUAAUUUUUUGCCAAGUGCUUGCAAGUGUUUUAGUUGGACAGCAGAAUUUGCACUCUUUGUAGAAUAUUGAUUAUGUGUUUGAGGCGGAGGAGGAGGGGGAGGGAGGGGAGUCCAGGCCAUCUACAAUAGCCAUAAUGCUUAUUAUUGCUCACCUGUGUAAAUCAGGCUACAUGUCAUAGCCCCCUUUCCUUGCCGCUCAAUCGGAUGUGGAUAUGAUCUCACGUUUAGUUUUAUUUGAUCUCUAUCAAAAGGUGUGUGUGUGUGUGUGUGUGUGUGUGUUUCAGUGUGCGUGUGUGUGUGUGUGUGUGUGCUUGCGUGUGCAUCAGGAAGUUUGUACAUAGAGAAUAAGUGAUUGUAUUUGUAUGAUUGUCAGUAGGGCAUUAAAACUGAGACACAUUUCUUACCUCAAGACCUGAGAGGAAUCUCUCCCUUCUCUCUCUUGAUGUUUGUACGGGAGGCCGCCGCCCACUCCGUUAUGUUCGGAUCCGACGCUACGUUCUCUGUUGGUUUGGUUUCGUCUCUGUUCUGUUGGUUUCCUUUUAGUCCCUAUGGGUUUUCUUUGUCAUACAAUUUGAAUAUAUAUUACAUGAAAUUUAAUAUGCAUUCAAACAUGCUGUGUCGAAAGAAAAACCCCUACAUGAUGGCAUAUUUAAACAAACGAGUUAGUCAAUGUGUAUGUGUAUACUAGAAAGACAUUUAGAGACACACUAUAGGCCCUUACACUUAGAAUACGGAGACAGAAGAUCACGUUGGAUUGGCUGCCGUUUACCAUGUGGAUAUAAGCUGGUUUCUUGUGGCUUCAGUGGUAGUACAGUAUACUCUUGCUGUGAUCUAAGUGUUUGAUGUCAAGAGAAAAACACUCACUUCAACCCUGUCCUAACAGCUGCACUCACUAAAAACAAGCCGGUGCAAUAUAUGAUUGUAAGUAUAUAGGCUACUGUAUUAUUAGCAGUCACAAUACUGUAUACGCUUCAAACCUUAGCAUAUAUAUUCAAUAUCCGAAGACAUCUUCUUUUUUUUUCUCUCCAAAUAAAAAUCAUGAAUGACUCCAGCUCUUAUUUUUUGACCGGUUCCAACGGAUCAAAUUAUCUAUGCGUUGGUUAUCGUUUGGAAAAGUAAUCCAGAUCAAAGUGGAAACGGGUCCAUGCAGAAUGUUGGACGCUCUCGUCAGGGGAGCGUUCUGAAGAUCUGCUUCCUACAAUAGCUCGGCUGAUACAAUCACUUCUCUCAAUAUCCUGCGCUUUGUAUGAAGGUGUUUUACUGUUGCCGUUGUCUUGUCUCAGAGCAUUUUAUGACUGUACCUUGAUUGUAGAAGCCCCUAUUUUGUAAUGAGAGGUAUUUCAGAUGAUGUGCUGUUGUACAUUCAAUGUAUUGUAUGAAGAACGUUAAAUAAAUGCCGUUUUAAAAUUG